UCGAAUGGAAGCCAACAGUGGCCAACAACUCGCUCGUUAACCUCCGACAGAUAUGGGGGGAAACAUAAACAACCAACCAGCAAGCCACAGAGCUCCACACUUGAUGCAUAUAAAGAGCGAGCUCCAAGCCAAGAUGAGCGCCGCCGACUUCCCUUUGCCCUUAUUCUUUCCCAGGUAUCUUUCUUCUCCUGGACCUCGGAUGAAAUGCGCGCAAUGUCGAUGAUGAGCCAGUCACUGCCGACCCCGAUGGAAGAUGUUUCCGCCACGAUGCGCACGAAUUUCGUUGGAUUUGCGAGCUUCACCAUUCUCGUCUGGGACCAUAUGAUCACUUUUGCGGACGAGGUGGACUAUAUUUGGAAAGGAAAGAAAGGACCAAGUAGUCAUUUAUCUAUUUCUCCUGGCACGCUCCUUCUCUCGCUCUACGCCAACUCAACUAAAUUGAAAGUGACAGAAUCGCUACUUUACGCCUCUCGGCUUUGUAAUCAAUCUCUACGCUUACUUAUCUCCAAGUUGGACCUACGAACGGUGUCGACAUUUCAUCCGCUACGAGGGAUGUACUGUUGCCAUUGCUGUCGAGGUUGUCGGAAUAAUGAUGUUAUUGAGGAUCCACGCACUCUACCCAACUCGAAAAUGGAUAACAGGUCUCCUAGCGGCGCUACUCGUAAUCGAGACUGGGAUCAACGCGUGGUUGAUCAGUCGGGGAGAACGUAUGUGGCUGUCCUGCACAAUUCCGCAUCUGGUGUUCAUGCCUGCUCCAUGAUUUUCGACCCAUCAAUAAGCGCUGCUGCUAGUGCUUCGGCGUGGUACCCGCUCCUCUACGACAGCAUUGUGUUCGCCCUCACUGUCAACCGUACGCUGCCCUCAAUUCGAAAGAAGCAGGCGGGGUUCAUCCUGAAGAAACUGUUGGAGGAUGGUGUGCUUUAUUAUAGUGUAAUCUUCGCGAUAACUUUUGUCUUGACAUUCAUGAUUGUCGGGGCCCCGCCUGGGAUCAAGAAUAUAUGCGCCCAGACAGAACAAUUAAUCACAGUAGCAAUGAUGUCGAGGAUAACACUCAGUCUACGGAAGGCCGGCCGAAGCAACCAUCACGAGCCACUCAUUGUUCAAGUCGCAGUCGGGCGCGGUGGUAGCGGACCAGAGCUCCUUAGUAUAACCUCGGAUUUCGCCUACGACCAGUCACUACGCCCGUGUACGAUAGAGGAGGCGACUGAGGCGGGGCAGGCAUUGGCUUUGACCACGUUCAAACCGCCUGAGCGCUUGGUCCUGCAUGGUCGUGCACCCAUCCAAUUUGCGCUUCCGCCGUCGCCUGGACCAAAGAGUCUAAGCGAAUAUCCAUUUUCGUUGUAA